ACCCAAAGAAGAAGUGCGCGUGCUCAACACUUGGCUCGGUUUUGUUUUUGUUCGGCAGCAUGGUUUCUACUGUAGCCGGUAUCGCGGCGAUGUAUAUUCCAUGAGGCAGUGAAGAAGAGCCCUUCAUUCGCACUGAGUGAGAGGGAACAAGCAAAGGCCAUGGCGGGGGUAUUCGACAUUGAUUUGGAUCAGCAGGACGAAAAUGUGUCUGAGGACGAACUCGAGGAUGGAAUCCAAAUGAGCGAAAAUGGGCGGCAAUGCAGCGGGUUUGAAUUUAACAUGGAUGACUGUGAAAAGUUUGAAAUCUCUGAAGACAGCGUCAACAAAGGAACGGAGCAGAUUCGUCCGGAAUGCUUUGAGUUGCUCCGAGUUUUAGGAAAAGGAGGCUAUGGAAAGGUUUUUCAAGUUCGUAAGAUGUCGGGUGCUACUUCGGGAAAGAUCUUCGCUAUGAAGGUCUUGAAGAAGGCCAUGAUAGUGCGUAACGCUAAGGACACUGCUCACACCAAGGCAGAGAGGAAUAUCCUGGAGGAGGUGAAGCACCCAUUCAUAGUGGACCUCAUCUAUGCCUUCCAGACAGGGGGCAAGCUGUACCUCAUCCUGGAGUACCUUUCUGGUGGGGAGCUGUUUAUGCAAUUGGAAAGGGAGGGGAUCUUUAUGGAGGACACAGCGUGCUUCUAUCUGGCAGAGAUUUCCAUGGCUUUGGGACACCUGCAUCUGAAAGGCAUCAUCUACAGAGACCUGAAGCCAGAGAACAUCAUGCUCAGCAACAACGGUCACGUCAAGCUCACAGACUUUGGCCUGUGUAAAGAAUCAAUCCAUGACGGCACUGUUACUCACACCUUCUGUGGCACCAUAGAAUACAUGGCCCCAGAGAUCCUGAUGAGGAGUGGACACAACCGGGCUGUAGACUGGUGGAGCCUGGGAGCUCUCAUGUACGACAUGCUGACAGGAGCACCACCAUUCACUGGGGAAAACAGGAAGAAGACCAUUGACAAAAUCUUAAAGUGCAAACUGAACCUGCCACCUUACCUCACACAAGAAGCUAGGGACCUUCUGAAAAAGCUGCUGAAACGCAAUGCCUCGUUACGGCUGGGGGCAGGCCCAGGAGACUCCUCAGAAAUUCAGAGCCACCCGUUUUUCAGGCAUAUUAAUUGGGAUGAUCUUCUCGCUCGCAAAGUGGAGCCUCCAUUCAAGCCUUUUCUGCAAUCAGCUGAUGACGUGAGCCAGUUUGACUCCAAGUUCACUAGCCAGACUCCCGUGGACAGCCCUGAUGACUCCACGCUCAGCGAAAGUGCCAAUCAAGUCUUCCUGGGUUUUACGUAUGUAGCUCCCUCCGUCCUCGAAAACAUCAAGGAGAAAUUCCCCUUUGAGGCAAAAGUCAGCUCGCCAAGAAGGUUUCUGGGAAGCCCAAGAACACCAGUGAGCCCAGUGAGGUUUGCUGUGGGGGACUGCUGGCCCCGGGCCCCCACUCAGCCUGGAACCUCGUCCCUUUGGGGUUUUGGGUCUGGAGACCAGCCCAUGGAGGUUGGUGUGGAGCAGAUGGCCAUUUCCUCCAACGAGGUGUCUGCCCCCCUGCCUAUCAGAAAGCCCUCUGGCAACACCACCACAGGCGGCCCCUUCAAGAAGCAGACCUACCCCUACCCCAUCUCCAAACGGCCCAAGCACCUCCAGAUGAAUCUAUGACACUGUUCCAUCUAGAACCUCUCUUUCCUAAAUCCUCCAUUCACUUAUUUUUUUCUUUUAAGAGACUUAUAGAAAUUAAAUGACUGACGGACCGUCGGCACCAUUCACCAGCUCCUUCAGACGCACCUUCCAUCCCUGCCUCCCUCCUUUCCUUCUAUCCCUGCCUCCCUCCUUUCCUUCUAUCCCUGCCUCCCUCCUUUCCU